AUGUUGCGAAAUUAUUUCUUAGUAUUCUUUGCAUCUUUGAUUGCAAUUGCAUAUUCAAAACAAAUUGAUGAAAUUUUCUGGUCAUUCAAUUCCAUUAAACUUCAAGAAGGUACUGGUUAUCCUUAUGAUUUAUUCAGAGUCAACAUUGGUUGGGAAAUUGAUGGUGGGUUAAACCCACAAACUGGUGAUUUAUUCUCUUUGGAUAUGCCUUAUGUCUUGGAUGUUAGAUGGGUUAAUGAAACUGGGUUUGAUACUUUUGAAGAAAACUUCGACAUUAAAACUGAUGAUGAUGUGGUCAUUGCAAGUUGUGACUUCUUCCAAGCUGCCGGUAGGGCAAAUUCUUCAAAAGUUAACUGUCGUUUAACUGCUGAUGUUUCAAUUUAUCGUCAAAUUGAAGGUAAUAUCACUUUGGAUAUUUCAUUCGAUGCAGGUGGUAGAAAUGAAACUAUUCCUGCUGCUAAGCAUUGGGUUAGUGGUCAAAACACAAUCACUUUUAACGAAAAAUUGUCUCAAAACAUUACUUUCCAAAUUCCAGACCCUGAUACAAGAGGUAUGGUUUAUCAAUAUGAUAUGAAUGAUGAAUUAUUGAUGUAUUACAUGUUACCUUCCACUUUAUGUCCAGGCAAAGGUAUUGUGGGUGGUUCAUUUUAUUUCUAUACUUAUAGAGGUGAUUUGACAACAGCAACUUCGUUUGUCUUGUGGAAUAUGACAGAUCCUGAAUUAUUUGUUGCGACUGAAUUAUCUCCAUAUGGGUUCCCAACUGCUAUUGAUAAAUUAAAUAUUUUAGACACACAAACUUGGAAUAGUGGUUUAAAAUUCAAAGUUCAAUUUGGUGCAAUCCCAGCUGGACAAAGAAUGGUUUAUUCAUUCUAUAACGAUCCAUAUUAUUGGAAUGCUUCUAGUGGUGCUUAUAUGCAUUUUAAUCCAGAUGUUACUGUUGUUUGUGAUGAUUAUUCUACCGCAACUGAUUUCCAUUAUUACCGUUAUAGACCAAAUGCUCCAAAUUCUACUGAUCAAUAUGCUGUUCCAACAACUGUCACUACAACAAACACUUGGUGUAGUGAUACCACUUCAACAACUUUCCAAACUGGUUCAGGUGCAACUGUUACUGAAAUUAUUAAUGUUGCUCAAAAGAAAACCUCUUGGACUACAGAAACCACUGGUGGUUCUUUUGCAACUACUUAUACCAAGAAUUUCACUUCUGAUCAAACUCAAGUUACUGUCGUUGUGGAAACUUCAAUUCCAACAACUACUUACACCACCGUCACCUUGCCAUGGAAUGAAGGUUAUACCACAUUAACCACAAAUUCUUAUUCUCCAGGUGAUAUGGAAAUCAUUGUUGUUGAAAAAACACCUGCUGCUAAUUUCAGUUCAACAACUUACAUAACUAUAACAAAGCCAUGGGAUGAAGGAUUCACUUCAACUUAUACAAAUCCUUAUGAAUCUGGUGCAAAAGAAAUUAUUGUUGUUGUGGAAACUCCUGUUUCUGAUUAUAAUGCCACUACCAUUACUACUGUUACAAAACCAUGGUAUGAAGGCUAUACAAGAACUUAUACACAGCCAUUCACUUCAGGAGAAACAGAUAUUGUUGUUAUUGUGGAAACACCAUCAACUUAUAAUCCAACACAUACAACAACUUUAACUCUUCCAUAUGAUGGUCCAUUGAAUUUCCCAAUUACUUUCGAAUAUCCUUAUAGCUCAGGUGAUACUGCAAUUAUCCAUAUUGUUCAAACUCCAGCUCCAAAGAGCUCAAGUGCUAUGGCAACUAGCGCUCCGGCUGUCACAGGUAGAGCAAGAGGAGUGUAUGAUUUAUCAGGAGAUGAUGUUUCAAGUUUUUUGGAACCUUAUAAAUCCAUGAAUGUUACUUUACAAUAUUACAAUGAAGAAUUGGGAAAGACUAUCAGAACUACACCUUGA